GUCCACCACGGCUGCGCUGUAGAAAGGUACCCAUCUGGCAACCAGUCGAUCCGACAAUACCAUCUGCACUUAUCCAGAUCUGCGAGGACAUACAGCUAGAUUCAGAUUGGGGCUCGGGCGCAAUGAAGGUCUACAAAUCCCCGGCGAAAGACAUCAACCUUCCCGAGCUUGAUGUCUUGACCUUUUUGUUUGAAUCCAAAUCGGUACUGGCGAAGGAGGACACCGUGCUCCAUGUCGAGGCCGCAAACCCAAAGAACAGCAUCACCAAGGCAGAAGCCCGUGAGUUGACGAAGCAUAUGAGCCAUGUGCUCCGAACCAAGUAUGGAAUCGGAGCAAAUGGACCUAGCAAGGACAUUGUCCUCUGCGUCGUCAACGGAAAUCCGAUGGACCCGCUGCUGUUUUACUCCACUCUGGGUGCCGGAGGGAUCUGGAGCGGCGCAUCUACAGCUUUUACCGUACCCGAGCUGGUACGGCAGAUCAAGGAUGCUGAUGCGAAGUUGUUGAUGUGUACCGCGGAAUACGAAGAGAACAUGGUGGCGGCGGCAAAGCAGUGUGGCAUUCCCCUUGACCGCAUACUUCGGGUUGAUCCAAGCACUCCCAAGGACUGGAAGCUCAUCAACCUGAAGGAUGGGAAAAACGUUCUUGAUCCCGUCAAUGGCGGAAAGCUGGAGUGGCAGCGACUGACAACCAAGGAAGAAUGCCACAAAACUACCGGCUGCCUGCUCUACUCUUCCGGAACGACCGGCCUGCCCAAAGGUGUCAGGCUGUCACACUGGAACCUGAUGGCGUGCAAUCCCAUCUGCAUGUCGGUCGCCGACAACUAUCGAGCACGCUGCAAGCAAGAAGGGCGAGAAUUCGUCUGGAAUGUCAUUGCGCAUCUGCCCAUGGCCCAUAUUGCGGGCAUUGCAUGGUACUCCAUGAACCCGUUCUUCAUGGGAGGGACUUGUUAUUGGAUGCCAAAGUAUGAUUUUGACGGCUUCAUCGAAAAUAACCGGAAAUAUCGCACCACCAUCGUCAUGACUGUCCCCCCGAUCUGGUUGCAGAUUGCGAAAAGCCCCAAAGUCACGGAUCACUUUGAUAGCGUCGAGGCGGCGGCGACUGGCGCGGCACCAAUGGGCAUGGAACUGGCAAAAGACGUACAGAAGAAGAUUGGAAAGGGUAAGGUCCGGCCCGCGCAGUGCUGGGGCACGACGGAGACUACAGGUUCGAUGACGGGAAACAAUUUUGGAGAGCUGGACGAGACGUUCAGCGUCGGCAGUAUCUUUCCAAACCUCCAACUCCGGCUGGUAGAUGAUAACGAUCAGGAUGUGAAAGAGGGGGAGCCCGGGGAGCUCCUGGUCAAAGGGCCUGUCGUGUUUCAAGAAUAUCACAAUAGGCCAGAAGCGACACGAGAUGCAUUCUUGGAUGGAUGGUACCGUACGGGCGAUGUUGGCAUCUUCAAGGAUGGCCUGAACUACAUUGUCGAUCGGAAGAAGGAACUCAUCAAAUACAAAGGCCUGCAGGUCGCGCCCGCGGAGCUGGAGGAUACUCUUCUCGCUCAUCCCGAGGUGGCUGACGCGGCGGUCAUUGGCGUGCAGGAUGAAGCUGCGGGUGAGGUUCCACGAGGGUAUGUGGUGAGGGCGGCGAAUUCCAAAGUCACCGAAAAGGAGAUUCAGGAGUUUUUCAAGAAGAACCUGGCGCAACACAAGCAAUUGCGUGGGGGUGUGGUAUUCAUAAACGAGAUCCCAAAGAGUCCGUCUGGCAAGAUUCUGCGCAAGAAUAUCAGGCAGUGGGUUGCAGACGAACAGGCGGCGGGACGGUCCAAGGCGAGACUUUGAAGGACAGCAGGCGGGGGCUAAUAGGAGAAUGCGAGGCCGAGUUGACAAGGCUUACGCUCACGUUCGAUCGUCGUAUAUCAUGCGCUCGUAGAAAGACAACGUCGA